GGUCUAUAAUAUCUGGUCUGUACUUCAUCCGUGUGCUACACUGAAAUGAAUCCGGCGGAAGCUUAGUACUUAGGUACUGUUGUCAAUAAAGGAAUGGCGAGUGGUGUUGGGAAACACAAGAUACUUUCCGUUGGGCCAACGGAGCCUUGGUCGUUGAGGGAAAAACUAUGCCUUGCCUCGUCGGUUAUGAGGAGCGGAGAUCAAAACUGGGUGUCAGUGAGCAGAGCCAUUAAGCCUUUCUCAGAGCUGGGGCGCCCCCCAGACUGGUUCUCUCAGAAGCACUGCGCUUCUCAGUACUCUGAGCUGUUAGAGACCACAGAGGCCCCAAAGCGUAAGCGCGGGGAGAAGGGCGAGGUGGUGGAGACCAUUGAGGAUGUAAUUGUACGGCGACUCACUGCUGAGAGGAUAGAGGAGCUGAAGAAACUACUGAGAGACACACAGGACAAAUACAGGAAGCUGAAGAAGGAGGUGGAUCUUAUCCAGACAGGACAUCUGGAUUCUCGUCUAGAGGAGCUGUGGACAGACAUUUUACAGAAAAAGAAACAGGAUGAGGAUGAAGCAGAUCUUAAGAGAAAGGCCACAGAGACAGCCUAUAUGGCUCGACAGGCAGUUAAGAACACGCCCAAGCGGGUGCCCAGCGUCACUGUACGCUCCCCUCUGGGCGCCAGUCCCACUAGCAUGGAGGGAGCACAAACAGACAUUCCGACGCCCCCACCAGACACAGCCAUGCCACAGGCAGAGGAGACCUCUGGGACCAAUUUGGCCCAGGGGGUGGCAGUGUUCUUGCCCACUUCGGACGUUCCAAUGGCGGGGCCUAAAGAGGCAAGCACAGGGUCUCUGACCGAUGACUCUCCACAGAAGAGGAUCCUCAGUCAGAAGUCCACGCCUCCUCCCUCCCCUCUUCUCUCAGAGCUGCUGAAGAAAGGCAGCCUGCUGUCUGUUAGCCCCAGACUGGUGGUGGAUGAUGUUGCUGGUACAGGAUUGGCUAACGGAGGAGUUCCAACUACAAACAUUGCUAUCCCAGCAGGCCUUGAGGUUGCCACUGCGGAUACCACUAUGUUAUCGUGUCCAAUGGAUACAGAGUCCCCCACCACUGUCGCGCCCCCAACAGCUCAGGCUAGCCCUGCCCCGCCAAACACAGGCGAGGCAGGCUCAGAGGUGAGUGAAGUGGUGGAGCUAGCGAAGGAGGCAGGACUUGUAGAGGAGGACCUGGUCGAUGUUUCCUACAUCGGGGAUGAGCUGGACCUGGAGACAGUAGGAGGCAUCAUCGCCAUUAUAGAGGAGAAGGUGGAUGAUUCCGUGGAUGUUCUGGACGCUGCAGCGGUGGAGGCUGCUCUGUCUCUGUGUGAGGACUCGGGCUCUGCUGGACACUCACUCUCAGGCCCCUGGGAGGACCAGGACUCAGAUCCAGGGCCCGCAGUUCAGUUGGACCCCACUCAGGGACUUCAGAGCAGGGCCGCGGCAGUAGCUGACCCUGGGGUCCUAGGGACUGAGACCAGAAGGCUGGAAGCAGAGGAGAGCAAGGCAAAGGACUGUGAGGGGCUAGAGACAACAGAGGCAGAUGUUACUCCCUAUAUUGCGGCUGAUGAAAGCUUAGGAGGAAGUGAGGUCACAGAGGAGGGCGUUGUAAUGGAGGACGGAGCCCUUAGAGCUGCUGUGAAGAGUGAGAAUGAGGAGUGGGCCCAGCCUGAACUAAACACACCCUGCUUAGACUCAGAAGACAGCUCUGGUUCAGGGAAAGAAUCCAAGGAGGUGAAGGAUGAGGACGCAGGCAGCGAUGGAGAUCCUGAGGAAGGGAUGGAGAUAAAGGAGGAGUGUGGGGAGGGGCCUUACCUCUCAGAAGUGGAACCAGCAGCCAGUGAGAGUGAGGAUGGCUAUGGCCCCUCCUCCCAACGCUACACCACAGCUGAUUCACUGGCCAGUAGCCCUGCCUCUUCGCAGUUCUCUAUAUGUGGGGAGGACCAGGAGGCCGUCCAGGCUCAGAAGAUCUGGAAAAAAGCCAUCAUGUUGGUCUGGAGAGCAGCAGCCAAUCACAGGUAUGCCAGCGUGUUCCUGCAGCCAGUGUCUGAUGACAUUGCCCCGGGUUAUCACAGCAUUGUGCACAGACCCAUGGACCUAUCUGCCAUAAAGAAGAACAUUGAGGCCGGUCAGAUCCGCACCACAGCAGAGUUCCAGCGUGACAUCAUGCUGAUGUUCCAGAAUGCGGUGAUGUACAAUAGCUCUGACCACGAUGUGUUCCACAUGGCCCUGGAGAUGCAGAGGGAUGUUCUAGAACACGUGCAGCAGUUCUUAGCCACUCAGCUCAUCAUGCAGACCUCUGAGUCCUCCAUCUCCACCAAGAGCCUCCGCGGCCGAGAAGGGGGGCGCAAGCCCGGGGAGCCAGUGGAGAAGGACAGUGUCCCAAUGGCCUCUCCCGCUUUCCUUCUCUCUCUCUUUGACGGGGGCACCAGAGGGCGCCGCUGUGCUAUUGAAGCAGACAUGAAGAUGAAGAAAUAACUGGAAAGUCCAAGGGCAGGAAAACCGUAGGGCACCAACAUGCCAGAAGGCUAAAGAUUCCAAGAGAGACUUUGUUGGCAUCGGGCGAUUUUAAAACCAGAACGUGUUUAGUGGAAUUGUUAGUGUUCUGUGAAUUAGGUUGAUUUCAGAGUUUUUGGUUCGCAGUGUCUCCGUCUGGCCGGUUCUGUGCAUGUCCAAGAUGGGUCUAAGCAGGUAGGGCUGCAGUUGUCUGGUAUUCUGCUCUGAAAGGCCAUUUCUGAUACAUCCUUGUGUACAGUUUAAGUAUAUGAUUCCAUUUAAAGCCAGUACACUGGGUAUCAUUGACAUUUGCAAGUGGUUAACAACACCGCAAACGACACCACAGCCCUGACGAUUCAAAGCUGUUAUACUACAGUAAUACUAACUUACCUAUGACUGACAGAUUGGGGGUCCUGUUGUGUUGUGUAUAGGAUGCAGCCAACUGCAAAAUAUGCUGCAAGGAAUCUGUGUCUACUGUAUGUUAGUGGGAGUACAAAAGCGUAGUACUUCAGUGUUGAAGUUCAUGUACAGUUGUUUUGUUUUUUUCUCCAUUUGUGUGCGUGUUCAACUGUUCAUUAAAGAGUAAGAAUGUAAAACAA